AUGUCACAAACCGUUGCUGCUCCUGGAUUUCAAGCUUCUGCGUACUUUGAAUACUUGGAAGAAUGUUUGAAAGAACAAAUGAUUAGAGAGAUUGCACUCGGCACAGUUAAAGCUGUUCUUGUUGUAACAAUCAAAAACAAAGAAAACAAACAACAGACUUGGAUAUUGGACUUUAAAGACAAAGGUAGUGUUGUUAAGGCCGAGUCCGAGCAAACACCACCAAAAGGUGACGUUCAGCUUAUUUUAAAAGACGCUGAUUUCAUGAGAUUGGCAGAUGGUAAAGCUAAUGGUCAGAAAUUGUUUAUGGCUGGAAGGUUAAAAGUUAAAGGUAACUUGUUGAAAGCAGUGUCUAUCGAAUCCCUUUUCAAAGACUUAGGACCAGUCCCAGCCAAGUUAUAA